AUGGCCGAAUCGGCCCCCAAGCGCAUCAAGACCGACGGCGCCGCCGCCGCCGGCGUCCUCAUCGGCACCCACAGCGGCCACUUUCACGCCGACGAGGCCCUCGCCGUACACAUGCUGCGCCAGCUGCCCGCCUACGCCGACGCCUCCCUCGUGCGCACCCGCGACCCCGCUGUCCUCGCGACCUGCCACACCGUCGUCGACGUCGGCGGCGAGUACGACGCCGCCCGCCACCGCUACGACCACCACCAGCGCGGCUUCGCCACCACCUUUCCCGGCCGCCCGACCAAGCUCUCCUCCGCCGGCCUCGUCUUUUUGCACUUUGGUCGCGCCAUCAUUGCCCGUCGUCUCGCCGCCCUCGAGAACAACAGAAACAACAACAACAACAACAACAACAACAACAACGCUGCUGCUGUUGUUAUUGAACCAAAACCCGAGGACAGCCCGCACAUUGCCCUGCUGCACGACAAAAUCUACGAGAGCUUCGUCGAGGCCCUCGACGCCCACGACAACGGCAUCGCCGUGUACGACCCGCAGGCUCUCGCCGCUGCUGGCCUCACCAAGCGCUUCUCCGACGGCGGCUUCGGCCUCGGCGCGCUCGUCGGCCGCCUCAACCCCAACUGGAACGACCCGCCCGCCGCCACCGCCGCCGAGGCCCAGUCCCGCGAGGACGCGCGCUUCGCCGCCGCCAGCGCGCGCAUCGGCGAGGAAUUCGACCGCGAGGUCGACUACUACGCGUCCGCGUGGCUGCCCGCCCGCGCCGUCGUCCAGGCCGCGUUUUCCCAACGCGCCGCCCACGACGCCGACGGCCGCGUCCUCGUCCUCGAGGGCCAGAGCGUCCCCUGGAAGGACCACCUCUACACGCUCGAGCAGGAAGAGGGCCGCAGCUCCGUGCUGUACGUGCUGUACCAGGAAAAGCCCGAGCCCGGCGCCAAGUGGCGCGUCCAAUGCGUGCCCGAGUCCAAGGACUCGUUUGUCAGCCGCAAACCCUUGCCCGAGGCCUGGCGCGGGUUUAGAGAUGCCGAGCUGGACGGCAUCACUGGCAUUGAGGGCUGCGUGUUUGUGCACGCCGCCGGCUUCAUCGGCGGGAAUGCGACAUUUGAGGGUGCCAAGGCCAUGGUCGCAAAGGCUCUUGCUGCGUAA